AUGCCCUGGAGACUCAAUGGCAUCCUUUCACCUGGUGCUCCUCCCAUUCAUCCAGAAGGUGCACCAACCAUCAAGCCUAACUUUCACAAGAACCUUUCAAAUGUUCCUGCCUUGGAAGCUCCAUGGAGGGGAAGCUUCGAGGUGCUAGAUAUGGAUAAGGUAGACUCUGACAUGAAACUCUGUGAAGGAUUUGUGGCACAUUCCCCAGCAAUUGUUUCUCGUAAAGCCUAUGAAUUUUCGAGACAGAUAGCCGGAGUUAUGCAAUUUAAACUGCAUCCUUGUUCCAAUUUUGGACCAGAGAUAUUCCAAGCCAUCUCACCGGAUGUCAACAAUAUAGCUUUAUAUUUCUACCCUGGAAAGUUUGAAAGGUCCAUGAAAAAGUACUCUACUCUUUUGAAGUACAUUGAGAAGAACAAUCUGGUGAUGAGGAGUCAGAUGGGAUCUGUAGAGCUGUUUGUUUUUGCAUCAAAACUUUUGCCUUUGGAGUCCCAGAGUGAUUUCUCUCAAACACUUGAACGACGCAUCAUGUUGGGCCCCACAAGUUUGCUUCCAUGCGAAACGGCUUGUCAAGAACAAUUUCAAGAGGCUGUUUUAAUGCAAAGGAUACAUCCUCUUGAUGCAAACACUCAAAGCCUCUCAGCCGCGUAA